AUGCCUCACCGCGUCCACGCUGACAGGCACUCUGGUCACCAAUCCGACGACUCUGCCCACUACCCGCGCAUGCACUCCCAGCCCACUCCCCCGCCCAUCGCCACUCUCCACCACUCGCCCGCCAUGUCCACCUCGUCCCUGGCUAGCUCCUCCAUUUCUCCCUCGCCGCCGCUUCCCCAAACGGCCACCGGCUACUAUCAGCACCCCCCGCCAUCUGCCAUGAGUGCGCCCGUACAGUACACGUAUGCCACCAGCGCCACCAUGGGUGCUCGGUAUCCCAACGAGGCCAUGAACCCGCCGCCACACCACUCGUCAUCCCCGUACACGAAUGCCGUCCACCAGGUGUCGACCCGGAACAUCCGUCCCCAGUACGUCGCCUCCCAGCCGUACCCCGGCCAGCCAAACUACAUCAUCCACACCGAUGAUGCUGCGACCAAGCUGAGCGACCGCGUCCGCCGCAAGUGCUACAACUGCAGGACGACCGACACGUCCACAUGGCGUCGCUCUAGCCUCACUCCCGGCAAAGUGCUCUGCAACAAGUGCGGCCUCUUUGAGCGCACCCACUCCCGCCCCCGCCCGGAGCAGUUUCCCCACAAGCGUGGUCCGCUCGUGACUGCGACGUUCAAGUCGUCGCGCACGCCCCCGCCGUCGUCGCGCCUGCCUCCCAUUUCCGCGCACAGCUACCCGCUGCCGCCGCACCAUGCGAAUCACCCGUCGAUUGCGCCGCUCAUGUCGCGCGCCGAGCCCCAGCCCCAGCAGCAGCAGCAGCAACAGCAACAACAACAACAACAGCCGACGGCGUCCCCCCAAAACUACCACAAUGCGAGCACGCUGCCCGAGAUCCGCUCGCUGCUCAACACGCCUGCGACUGGGUCCCCCGCGUCGUCGCACGAGAGCGUCGAGCAGAGCCGCCCCGAGUCUCCCGCAGCAGGGUCUGGCAGCCCGAGGUCCGAGCGCCGGGAGAUGCACUCGUAUCGGUCGAGCAACUGA